UAAAACUCUCUGAAGAGAAACCAUGGACGUUUGUGAUCAAUCUUUGAAGCCUAAGAAGCCCAAAUCUCGACAAGUAAAAUCACCAGCCUCACCUGAAAAUGGAUUUCAAUCCCCAAACAAUACCGUUUCUCCGCUAAGGCAACAUGCCCGUUCAUCUAAUGAUUCGAGAAAGCACAAAAGCCUCAAAAGGUCGGGUUUUUUACGUGGGCUUUGGCCGUCAUCAACCCCAUCGUCACCUUCAAAAUCAAAACUUGAUACUCUAGGAGACCACCUUGGAAAUGAUGGAAUAAAAGACCUUAAAGAACGAAGAAAUAAUGACAAGUCUGAUGAUUCGCUUGUUUUUACCAGGCAAAGAAAUUGCUCCGAGCUUACCAGGUUUGAAAAUGAUCAGAAAAAGAUUGCUAAAGAAAAUCAUAAACCGGGAUUUGGAGGAUCCAUUCGUUACACUGGGAGGUUGAGAUUUCCUGGAAGAUCAACGAAUUCUUCAUCAUCCAAGAAUUCAACUUCAGCUGACGAUCAAAAUGAUAAUAUAGCACCUGGGAGGUUUUCAGUGGAUGAAACUGCACUGAGAAGGAAGACUUUUUACGAUACACGGGACUCAGAUUCCGAAUACAGUGAUGUUUGUUCAGGCACAAGCCUUGACAUUGGACAAAAUUUACCAGCUUCAUAUAUGGCUUCAACAGUGAGUUCAAGAAAGCAUGGAAUUGCAGUGCCAUCAAAGUACAAGAAUGAUUCAUUUUCAAGGUCUAGAAAAUGGAAUGCUGAUUGUGGUAUUCAGAAGCCAAUUUCAUCAUCAGAUAGUUCUCCAAAAAGAUUAACACCAAAGAAUUCAAUGAAGAAGAACAUUUCAAAGUGGGAAUUGUCACUGGGGCAUCCGAGCUCGCCGGUGACGUUGAGUGAUAACAAAGGGAAGAUUAUGGGAUCGUCGAAUCUAAAACCUCUAGGUCCUUCAAGGGCUAAAGGAGUUGAGAGUCUUCUCAGUAUGGGGAUAGAAUUGUUGAAGGGUAAGAAAUCCUCUCCAAAUCCAUCGUCACCCCGCAGACCAGGCUCCUUGGCGAGUGUUCAUCAAUUGAGGUUGUUGUACAACAGGUUUAUGCAAUGGAGGUAUUCUAAUGCUAGAGCUGAGGCUGUUAAUGGGAACAUCAUCAGAAAGGCCGAGAGCAACUUGUUACAUGCAUGGGAUGGUCUCGUUAAACUACAGCACUCUGUACUACAAAAGAAACUAGAGUUACAACAUGGAAAGCUAGAGAUGAAAUUAAAUCACAUUCUUCAGUCUCAAAUAAGGGUACUAGAAACUUGGGGCAACAUGGAAAGAGACCAUAUAUCAGCAAUUUCUACAACCAAAGAUUAUUUGCGUUAUGUUGUUUGUAUGAUACCCCUUGUUGAAGGAGCCAAGGUGGAACCACUAUCAGCUUCCGUUGCCAUUCGCCAUGCAUCAGAUGUUUCAGCAUUUAUCAACUUAAUGUUAACAAAAUCCGCAUCUACGGUGGAGACAACGGGAGGGGUACUCGUUGAAUUAGCAAGAGUAGCCACACAAGAGAAGCUGCUAUUACAAGAAUGCUUGGAGCUUUUAAAAACGAUUUCUGCUUUGCAGAUAAAAGAGAGCACUUUGAAGUGUAGCCUCAUGCAAAUAAAGUUCAAUCAUGCUAUUAUCCAAUAA